CGAAGAGCGGUCCAAGCGUUCCAACGGCAACUUCCCAAAAUACAUCGCAUAGUUGUCCGCUUCGUCUCUACACCAUCCAGCAUGGCGUCUGACGAGGUUGUCAGAAAAGCCCUGGAGGUGAUAGGCGAAGCAAUAUCGACCGAACCGGAAGACUUUCAGGAUCACGAGACAUGGAAAUUCUUAGGUUUAAGCGGUCUGCUCGCUUCGGCAACGAUAUCGGAUUUGAGAAGUCAGACUGGCCUUGAUGUAAAACCCGAAGACUUUACGAAGUAUCCUACCGUCGGUGCCUUCAAGGCCUACCUGAAAGGAGGAACGACGAAUGGAAGUUCUACUCAAGUGAACGGAACGUCAUCGCAAACCAAGACCAACCGAAUACCGGAACCAGAGGAUCCUUGGGAGGGCGUUCCGAAGCCGAAAGUUCCACUAUCAGUCAUACUUCAAGGCGACCCGACGACGUCGAAACAUGUGGUCUUCUUGUUUCCAGAUGGCAGUGGUGCGGGCACUGCGUACGGAACGCUACCAGUCCUCGGCAACAGCAUCUGUCUAAUCGGACUCAACUCGCCUUUCCUGCGACAAGCACAAGACUUCACCUGUUCGAUAGAACGUAUGGCGCGAUUAUGGUACGACGAAUUACGCAGGCUGCAACCCAAAGGCAAGCCUUAUGUAAUCGGCGGAUGGUCCGCCGGAGGCUACUACGCGUUUGAGGUUGCCAAGCUUUUGACCAAUGCGGGAGAGAAGAUCAAGCAGAUGAUCCUCAUCGACUCGCCUUGCAGAUUGUUCUUCGAGGCUUUACCGGAGGGUGUCGUGAAGGAGCUGACGAAGAAGGGCUUGAUGGGCGCUGUUGGGCAGAAGAAGGCGCCGGAGUGGCUCAUUGCCCAUUUCACCUCUACCGUGCUAUCUGUGGACAAGUACAUGCCCACACCGUUACCCAAGGAGCAUGUUCCACCCAAAGUCAACUUCAUCUGGGUCAAAGAGGGCUUAGUGAAGAGUGUUAAGGACUCCGGACUCGAAGUCGACAUGAAUGUCAAGGUCACGAGGUUCCUUCUUGAGCCGCGAGGUGAUUUGAAGACAGAAGGCUGGGAGCAACUCCUGCCCGGAGCGAAGUAUGACUUCGACUAUAUGACGGGCAAUCAUUUCCAGAUUACCCAACCAUUUCACGUACGUACCCAACCGUUCUCAUAGUCAAUCAAGCUGACAGAAACACAGUCCGACAGUCUUGGGCGCGUGCUAAAGAAGAUUGUCCCAUCGGCAUAACCGAACGCCAGGCCGGGGUGUUUGGAGGCGACAGUCGUGACUUCUCAAAGGCUUCCGCAUCUGCCGAACGUUGUACGCAUUUGUACAGCAA